UUUAGUAAUUAACUUUGACAAGUCGAUGGUGUAUAACGAACCAAAAAAAAUGCUGUGUGUUGUGGGUAUGGCAGUAGGAGAAAUAAGACGAAGCCAAACAGAACACUAAUCCAAAAUCCAUGUUAUGUUAUGAAUUGAUCUAACAAUGCAUUGAGUUGAUUCAUACUUCAAUUCAAUCACAAACCCAUUUUUUUUUUCUUCUGUUAAUUUCUAGGGUUUCUCAAUUCACACAAAUUUCCAUGGGUGUCUCCUUCAAGGUCUCUAAAAUUGGCACUAGGUUUCGCCCCAAACCUCUUCAAUCUUCUCAAGAUGAUGACCAAUCUCAGAGUGAUCUCGCUGAGGCUGGUGAAAACAAUGCUCGGUUGCCGAAUUCAUUGAUUUCAUCUGAAAAUCGUUCAUCAGUAGCAGACAAGGAAGCUUCUUUUACGUUGAAUCUGUACCCAGAUGGUUAUUCUAUUGGAAAACCUUCCGAGUUUCAGUAUGCUGCUGCAAAUCAGUCGUUACCGAAGUUGUUACUGCCGUAUGAUAGGUCAUCUGAAACCCUUUUCUUGGCCAUUGAGUCAGGUCACUUGCCUGCGGAUAUUCUGGAUGAUAUACCUGCCAAGUAUGUUGAUGGAGCACUUAUAUGCGAGGUGCGUGAUUAUCGAAGAUGCUCUUCUGAAAAGGGAGCUGGCAUUGCAUCAGUGGAAAUUUCUCCUACUGUGAAUAAAGUAUGCCUCAAGAUGUCAUUGGAAAAUAUUGUUAAGGACAUCCCAUCUAUUACUGAUAAGUCUUGGACUUAUGGUGAUCUAAUGGAAGUUGAAUCAAAGAUACUGAAAGCAUUACAGCCAAACCUUCAUCUAGAUCCUACUCCAAAGUUGGAUCGACUGUGUCAAAGUCCAUUUCCAACAAAGCUUAAUUUGCAGAGAAAGCGAUUAAGGAAUAUCCCAGAGUUAGCCGUCACUUCUAGUAACAAAAUCCAUGGCAAAAAAGUAUGCAUAGAUAGAGUACAAGAGAACUCAAACAACAGGUUGGGUGAUUCGGGAGUCACUACAUCAAAUGCUAUUGUACAACAGACUCUUGAAAAUCCAGCAAUGCAAAAUCUUAACCCAAGCAUUGCCAUGAGAUCCAAGAAUGCUAUACCAGAUUCUUCCAUCCCAGGCUUUUCUAUGAUGCCCCAUCAAUCAAGAUAUCCAAUGGCCGUUGGAACUCAAAGAAGCAUGCUAGAGCAUGGAUCAAUUGCUGGUAUUAAUUCAUCUGGGGCUUCUCCUGCUACACAAGAUGUCACGAUUUCAUAUGCGGAUAAUCCGAAUGCGAGUGUCUCUUUUCAUGCAAAAAGAGAGAAUCCGGAUGGACAAUCAUCACCUUUAUCUAAUAUUGCGAAAAGAAUGAGGCCUGCUUCCACAGGUGUUGAUGCAAUGCAGCAGCAUCAAAUAGGCUCACACGUUGACGCUCUUCAAGGAUCGGAUAUGAAUUGGCAGAAUACACUAUUACAGCAACAAGCAAUGGCCAGAAGUAUUCAGUAUACCGGUGGUGGCGUUCAGAAGUUUCCCCAGCAGGGUUUUGAAGGGGGGUUAAAUCAAGAUACAGGGGCUAUUCAAUUUGCUUCUGGUCAGCAAGGCAUGAGGUUAGUUGCCAAGGAAGAACAAUUUGAAAUGGAAAGAAUAGAUGGUGCAGGGAUAAACCGUAAUAAAAGUGAGUUGGAAAUGGAUGCAAGCAAUUUAGACCCACAACAAUUACGGCUUCAGCAAAGAAUGCCACAACAUGCAUUCAUGAGAUCUAAUUUCCCACAGACAACCUGGAAUAGUCUGGGCCAGCAAAUCGAGAAAGAAGCCAAAAAGGAGGAUCAGCUUCAGAAAAGGAAACAAGUACAGAGUCCUCGGUUAUCUAGUGGGACGUUACCUCACUCGCCAUUAUCUUCAAAAUCAGGUGAAUUUUCUAACGGUUCAGUUGGACCCAGUUUUGGACCAUCUUCAAUGAACACCGCACCCGGAGCAUUGCAGAAAGAGAAGGCAGCAAUGGCUUCACUUACUGCUGCUGUUGGAACUCCAUCAAAUGAUUCUACACAAAGGCAACAACAGGCACACCUAGCUGCAAAACGGAGAUCUAAUUCCCUUCCCAAGACACCUGCAAUGAGUGGAGUUGCUUCUCCUGCUAGUGUUAGUACUGGUGUCCCAUUCAAUGCAAAUAGUCCGUCAGUUGGAACCUCGGCUUUACCUGAGCAAGGUCUUCAACAUAUGUUUGACAGGUUCUCAAAAAUUGAUAUGGUGACGACGAGGCAUAAACUUCACUUCAAGAUGAAAAAGCCGGAUCAGCUCAUUAAAAAGCAGAAUACGUAUGCACCACAGCGUGUGGCAGCUCAUCUUUCAAAUGCAGCAAAUAAUGAGGGAUUGAUAGAUGAUUCAUGUUCUUUAUCAAAGUCACUUACAGGUGGUAGUAUGAACGCAUGCAAAAUGAGAGUGUUAAGUUUCCGUUGGAAUGAGCGUGUAGUUCAAGGAAAUGUUGUUAAUUUAGUUCCUAGGUUCCGAACUAGGAUGAUAAUGGCUGAAAAGCCAUCUGAUGGCACCGUGGCUUUGCAUUAUGGGGACAUAGAUGAGAGUGAUUUCAUAGGGGCAGAAGAUCAUCUCCCUACAUUACCCAAUACUCAUUUUGCGGAUUUGCUUGCAGACCAGUUCAGUUCACAGAUUGAACAUGAUGGAUAUGUUAAGGAAGAUGACAGAAUCCAAGUCAGACCGAACCUUGUGAACCUUCCAUUGGGAAGUCAAUCUAGUUUACCUCCUAAUGAGAUGCAGCAAUAUGGAGAACCAAUUCCAGGUCAGUCAAACAAUGAAGCUGCAAAACUAGCCGGUGGCAGUAAUGCAUCUUUAAACUUACCGCAGAGUCUUGUAGCAAAUGCAAGGAUGUUGCCACCUGGAAACCCUCAGGGCUUGCAGAUGUCCCAGGCACUUCUCUCCGGGGUCUCAAUGGCUCAAAGACCACAGCAACUGGACUCACAACAAGCAGUUCUGCAGCAGCAGCAGCAGCAACAGCAGCUUCAACAGAAUCAACACUCUCUCCUUCAACAGCAAAAUCCACAAUUCCAGAGAUCUUUGCUCAGUGCAAAUCAGCUUUCACAUUUAAACGGGGUUGGACAGAACUCCAACAUGCCAUUGGGUAAUCACUUGCUAAACAAGGCCUCACCUCUUCAGAUUCAGAUGCUACAGCAACAGCACCAGCAACAACAACUGCAACAGAACCAGCAACCACAAAUGCAAAGGAAAAUGAUGAUGGGACUUGGAGCUAUGGGAAUGAGUAACUUCAGAAAUAGCUUAGUUGGUCUUUCACCCAUGGGCAAUGCCAUGGGAAUUGGAGCUGCAAGGGGAAUAGGAGGAACCGGAAUCUCAGCACCCAUGACGUCUAUUACAGGCAUGGGAAAUAUAGGUCAGAACCCAAUGAGUCUUGGCCAAGCUUCAAAUAUUAGUAAUUCUAUAAGCCAACAAUAUAGGCCUGGAACAAUGCAUUCAAACCAAGAACUUUUAUCAAAGCUUAGACUGGUACAUAAUCGUGAAGGCAUGUCAGGUUCACCUCAGUCUAGCAUUGCCAGCAUGUCGGGAGCUCGGCAAAUGCACCCCAGCUCUGCUAGUUUGUUGAGUCAAUCUUUGAGUAAUAGGACUAAUAUGAGUACGCUGCAGCGAGCAAUGGGUCCUAUGGGUCCACCAAAGCUUAUGCCAGCGAUGAGUCUUUAUAUGAAUCGGCAACAACAGCAGCAACACCAACAAUCGCAACAGCAGCAACACCAACAGCAGUUGCAAUUACAACAGCAACAACAGCAUAUACAACAGCAGUUGCAGCAGCAAUUACAGCAGCAGCAGCAACAAGAAACAACUUCACAAUUGCAGGCAGUUGUUUCACCGCCACAGGUGGGAUCACCAUCUACCAUGGGAGUUUCAUCGUUGAGCCAACAAACACAUCAGCAAGCAAGCCCUCAGCAAAUGAGUCAACGAACUCCGAUGAGUCCGCAACAGAUGAGCUCAGGGGCAAUUCAUGGUAUGAAUGCUGGUAAUCCUGAAGGUCCAGCAAGUCCUCAGUUGAGCUCUCAGACACUAGGGUCUGUUAGUAGCAUAACCAAUUCCCCUAUGGACAUGCAAGGUGUUAACAAGAGCAAUUCUGUCAACAACAAUCCACAGUGAAAUUACAAAACCUAGAAAGUCCAUACCCAGUUUCUUACUUGGAAGCGAAUAAUGACGAAAAUUUGAGCACCAAAGUUCGUGCUAUAGAAUAUGACCGAAUCCUAAAGUAGGAAAUGACAUGAUUAUUUACACAUAAAUAAAGCAUAUGUUAGGGGAAUUAAUUUUUGCUACUCUAGAACCACUCAAGGAGGAAUCACAUAUAUUAUGUCAGUUGUAAAUUUUUUUUUUUUGGUUUUCCCCUGCCCUCAUUCAUCAUCACAGGAAUUUUUGGGAUAUUUAGGCUAAGCUUAGCAUGUGUUAUCUCUACUUUGUAGAGCGAACUGUGCAUCUUUAAAUCGUUUUAGUAAUGUACACAAGUAGUUCCAUAACUUUGCUCUAAUGUUCAAUUUUUAAUUAUCCCUGGAAUUAUUAUAAGUUUUGUCAAGUUGUGAA